AUGAAUGAGACAGGCAUGGUGUUCAGGAGACUGAGACGAAUCGGCAACCAGGACAAACUGAAGAACGGGAACUUGGAGAGGUCUCAGAAGUGGUUUCCGGAGCUUGAACUGUGGAGAUGGGGUUUUGAGCAGGGACCCCUCUACCCAAUUGGAGGGACAACAAGCUCUCGAUCAGAUGAUGGAAGCUCCCCUCUAAUUUCACUCCUCCAAAGCUUUAACUUUUUUGGCCAGAAUUACUCUCAGAUUUUCGUGAACCACAACGGACAUCUGACCUUUGAUUCACCAUGGUCUAGCUAUUCUCCUCAACAGUUUCCAAUGUAUGGAAGCAGAGACAUCAUUGCUCCAUUCUGGACCGAUUUAGACAACAGAGGCAAUGGUGACAUCUACUAUGUUCAGUACACAAACGGCUCUAUUCUCCAGCAAGUUACGCAGGACAUCAAUGCAUACUUCCCAUCCCUUAACUUUCACGCCAACUGGGUCUUUAUUGCAACAUGGUAUGAGGUUGCCUAUUAUCCAACGACUGGAACACAAACAACCAUUCAGGCAGUAUUGACCACCAAUGGGCAAUACUCAUUUGUGCUGAUGAAUUAUGGGUCCCUAGCAAAUACAUCAAUGUCUAUACAGGCUGGCUACGACACAAUUAAUUCCUCGCAUCACUUCAGCAUCCCUGGAUCAAUGUCUAAUAAUGCAUCUGGAAGCAACUCUGUUUUUAGCCUUGAUAGCAACGUCAACGUAACUGGUCGCUGGGUCUUCCGCUUAGAUCAUGGUUCAAGAGGCUGUAGUUUCAAUGGUUAA